AUGGGCCUGAUCUGGCUCCUGCUGCUCAGCCUGCUGGAGCCCGGCUGGCCCGCGGCGGAGCCCGGCGCGCGGCUGCGGCGCGACGCGGCCGGCCCGGGCGGCGUCUACGAGCACCUCGGCGGGGCGCCCAGGCGCCGCAAGCUCUACUGUGCCACCAAGUACCACCUGCAGCUGUACCCGAGCGGCCGCGUCAACGGCAGCCUGGAGAACAGCGCCUACAGUAUCCUGGAGAUCACGGCCGUGGAGGUGGGCGUGGUGGUCAUCAAAGGGCUCUUCUCCGGCCGGUACCUGGCCAUGAACAAGCGGGGACGGCUGUACGGCUCGGAACAUUACAGCGCCGAGUGCGAGUUUGUGGAGCGGAUCCACGAGCUGGGCUACAACACGUAUGCAUCGCGCCUGUACCGCUCGACGCCCGGCGGCCGGCCCGGGGCGCAGCGGCAACCGGCGCCCGAGAGACUGUGGUAUGUGUCGGUGAACGGCAAGGGCCGGCCCCGCCGCGGCUUCAAGACGCGCCGCACGCAGAAGUCUUCGCUCUUCCUGCCCCGCGUGCUGGACCCCAAAGACCACGAGCUGCUGCGGCUGCUGCACCACGGCGCUGCCCGGCCACGCCUGCCCAGGCGGCGCAGAGGACAGAAGGCGAGCCGGGAAGGCCAGCCGGGAAGGAAGCCGUCGCGCACCCGGGCCCUGCCCUCGGGCACGGCACCCAUCACCAUCGGGGAGCUGGGGGCUGCCGCGCACUGUGGCAGGUGCCCCUAA